AAAUUACUUACAAAAUAAUUUGCAAGUUGGCGCUGGUGUCGAUUGGGAGAAAUUAAGUUUUGGGACACUGUCACACGGUUUUGCAUUUUUUAAAGAGCCACGAGUGUUUUUGUUUACAUCAGCGGAAAAUAUGAAAAUUCAACCAAAUAUUCUUAUAACUGGAACUCCGGGAGUUGGGAAAUCGCACCUGGCGAAGCAAGUGAGUGAGAAGCUGGGAUUGAAGUGGCACAAUGUGUCUCAAAUAGCCAAGGAACACAAAUUUCUGGAGGGAUUCGACAAAGUUCUCGAUUGCCCCAUUCUGGAUGAAGAUGCGGUAAUUGAUCAUCUGGAGCCUCAGCUCGAGAAGGGAGGAAACAUUGUGGAAUACCAUGCUUGUGAAAUGUUCCCAGAAAGAUGGUUUGAUUUGGUUUUUGUGAUCAGAUGCAACAACACAAUCCUCUAUGAUCGACUGGCCAAACGGAAAUACAACGAUAAGAAACUGCAUUCAAAUAUUGAAUGCGAAAUCUUCCAGACAAUCCUCGAAGAGGCUCAAGAAUCCUACAAAGAAGAGAUUAUCCAUGAGCUAGUGAAUGAGACAGAGGAGCAUCUCAGUCAAAAUAUUGCUAAAAUCGAAGAGCUUGUAAAAUCCUGGCAGGAAGACCAGAAAGAUUCUGAAUAAACUUAUUUUUUUAAUCCAAAAAA